AUGCACGGACCCGGGCGCCCCCUCCUGCUGGGGCUGCUGCUCGUGCUGGGGGCGGCGGGGCCCGGCAGGGGCGGCGCGGAGCGCCGGGAGGCCGCGGACCGACAGACGCUGCUGCGGCUCAUCGUGGAGAUCGUCCAGGAGCUCAGGAAGUACCACUCGGGGGAGUCCAAGAGGCUGCAGCUCUCGGGCCAGCAAGACUACAUCCUGGGCCGCAGGGAGGUCGCCGAUCACCCUUACCCCGAGGAGCAGAGAGUGGAAAUUGUCCCUCGAGAUCUAAGGAUGAAAGACAAGUUUUUAAAACAUCUUACAGGUCCUCUGUAUUUCAGCCCAAAGUGCAGCAAACACUUCCACAGACUUUACCACAACACCCGAGACUGCACCAUCCCCGCAUACUACAAGAGGUGUGCCCGGCUUCUUACUCGGCUGGCAGUCAGCCCGAUGUGCAUGGAGGGAUAA